CCCAGCGGCCCCCUAAUGUUGCCGGUCGCUCAUUUGCUCUCAGGGUCUUUGUUGCAAAGGGGUCAACAUGAACCCUGCACAUGGCGCUCCACAAAACUCGGAACCGUAGUUGUAGCCGAAGUGCAGCUGUGAACUUGACCAGCGAGCUGGUUGAAGCAAAGGAAAGCGCUUGUCCCAGACAAACUGAGCAAAUAGUCUGAGCGAGAGCCUAGGUCGACGCGUGGCCACAGUUGCACUAAUUAGCCUUUCCCCUAAUAUAUGACAUGUUUUUGUCACUGUUGAUGAGAACUGGCCUUAUUCCGCCAAUUACCUGGGCAAACCGGCGAAGACGCGGAAGCAACAAACACCCCAACAAUAUUUCGACUCAUACAAUAUAGGUGACGCUUCGAUGGUUGUGGUCUUGUCAAACGCUGGCCCCACUGUACUGGAGCAAGCAUUCCGUAUGGCGUAUUUCGGGAGAAUUGACCUGCAAGACGAAGCACCGAGCAUUGUUCCAGGCAUAUUCGCAAAGUACAAAGAGAGCGAGGCCGCUCUCUAUCGAGCACUUUGUGACAAGUAUUUGCCAACUUUGGCCCAAGACGGUGAGCCAUUGGAGUUUGACGUGUGGGGCCAAAGUGAUGCAGAAAGUAUCCAGGAGAGCCAUGAAGAGAGGAUCCAGUUGGUCUCUCCAAGUCAGGACUGCCAGCCAUUGGAACCAAAUGGCAGAACUCUACCCAGCGGGGGAAACGUGGAAGAGCGAGCCAACCAACCUGGAGCUGCAGCUGAGGCUUUCCCACCUGCCUUGCCGAGGGCGACUUCCGGUGAAAACAUAGCAGGCGUCAACGAAUCUGCUGGGCACGCAGAUCGCGCAAACCAUGCGCACAGGAGCACCACUGCUGCUUUGAAACCCAAACCGGCCGCGAGGCCGCGAAGGAGCAAUGCUGCGGAGUCUAGCGCUGAAGACCAGCCACACGUCCUUCCCACAAGCCAGGGCAGCCAGGGCAACAGGCGAGAAGGCCUCCAGGGAGAAGCCGGCAGCGUUCAGGAUGCAGCUAAAGGUCCAGAUGGUCGCCAGCGGAAGAAACGGCGCAAGGCCUCUGCCAAGGGCCGCGAAGAUUUGCAGGUGGGCAGUUUGCCAUCGCAGCAAGCGCUCGCAAGCUCCAACCUGGAGGAGAGGAGGCAGCAUUUGAAAGAAAAAUUGCUUGAGCUAAAGACUCAGAUCUCCACUCAGGUGCCCAACAAGGAGAAAUCCUUGCUUGUGGGCCAGCCCCUCAUGCUGUCCACCUGGACUGCUGGCCAAGCGCAUUCCGCAGACCCGGGAAAGCAAUCAACAGAGCCCAUGGCUACAAAGUGCCGUUCUGAGGCCACAGCCGGCGACGGUUUGUUGCACACUUUGGCAACGUCUGUUCAACGCCCACCUUCAUUUUCGACGACGGUUACACCCUUUGGCAGGCUUGAUUUUCGACGACAGUUGCACACUUUGGCAACGUCUACAACGAUCCUCGACGUCAGUUACACACUCUGGCACCUUCUACCUUGAUUGUCGUCGACAGUGACACAAUUUGGCUUCACGUUUCACCGCGCGUUUGAGCACUCAACGUGCGCGAUUGCCGCAAAGGGUUCACCAAGGCCAAAGUACCACAGUUUAAUGCAUGAUUUCCACAAACGGUCCCCUCCGCUGCCUCAAUUUGAGGGUUCGAAGGAUGUCGAAGUUGUAGGGG